CCUGUGGUGGGAUCAUUGAUUCCUGCGAAGAAGAAGGAUUACAGAGUCACCAAUCGCCUCCAAGAGGGAAAACGUCCUCUAUACGCCAUCGUUUUCAACGUCCUUGACUCUCGCUACCUUGACGUUUUCGCCACUGUUGGGGGCAACAGGGUUACUGUUUAUCAAUGCCUUAAAGAAGGGGUUAUUGCAGUUUUGCAAUCUUAUGUGGAUGAGGAUAUUUUUGUUGGCCAUGGAGACUCCAUAAAUGAAGUCAAAGCUCAAAUAUUAAAUCCAUCACUUGUGGUAUCUGCAAGCAAAGAUGAAUCUAUCCGGUUAUGGAAUGCUCAUACUGGAAUAUACAUUUUGAUAUUUGCUGGAGCCAGGGGACAUCGAAAUGAAGUCUUAAGUGUUAGUUUUGGACAUGUAGAAAAAUCAUCCACAUGGACAUAUCCUUCUUCUAAGUUUCCAACAAAAUUUGUCCAGUUUCCUAGUGUUGAUAAUGAAAUGAUCUUGUGGGGACCUAAAGUGAAAGAACAAACUCCAGGGGAGGGUGUAGUUGACGUUCUUCAUAAAUACCCGAUUCCCGAUUGUAAUAUUUGGUUCAUCAAGUUUUCUUGUGACUUCCAUUUCAACAUAGUUGCAGUAGGUAGAGCAUUUGAAGCAACCAAAAUUCCUUCUCCAUACCUCUUUAAGUAAAAUACUCAUUUGGGUGGUGGCUUCCAAAUACAUCGUAAGCAAGACGCAAAUAAUCAACCUGGGACAAACUUGAAAUUUCUGAUGUCAGAUAAGAUCGGUUAA